AUGAGAAGUUUCGUUUCACGAGAAAUUUCUCAACAACUUAAACUUCCUGUUAUUAGAAAGGAAACUCUAUCGGUAUAUGGUUUCGGUGCUAAAGAAACAACUGAACGAACAUAUAAUGUUGUUAAAAUUAAAUUAGUGAAUCGCGACGAACCGACUUUAAAUAUUGAAAUUGAAGCAUUAGAAACUGAACAAAUAACUGCAACUAAUUUACCUGCUCCUAAUGAAAAUAUUCCGAACUUAAAUAAACAAUUAAAAGGAUUACAGCUUGCUGAUUGCUAUGAAUUUAGAAAUAACAAAAUUGUGCUUUUAGUGGGUGCUGAUUACUAUUAUGAUAUAGUUACUAGUAGAAUAAAAAGGUUAAAUGAUAAGCUUGUAGCCACUGAAACUUUAUUUGGUUGGUGCCUCCAAGGAAAAAUCGAUAUGACAAAUCAAAUAUUGGAAAUGAAAAUUAUAGUAGAAGAAAAAACGAUAUCGGAUGAAUUAAAAAAAUUUUGGGAAUUAGAAAACUUAGGCGUUGAGGUUGAUACCGAUGAAAACAUUUUUGACGAUAGGAUUAUGAAGGAAUUUGAAUCGGGAAUUACUUUCUCUAAUAACAGAUACAACGUAAAGCUCCCGUGGAAACCUGGUAUGAAGGAACAGUUGCACGAUAAUCGUGAAGUUGCUCAAAAACGUUUUUUAGGUUUAAAAACAAAAUUCCUUAAUGACCCCUUGCUUUUCACUGAAUACAAAACUAUUCUGGAUGAGUAUCUAAAGGAGAACAUUAUUGAACAAGUUACGUGUGGGUUGAAUAAAAAGACGAACGAACCAACAUUUUAUUUGCCUCAUAGAGCAGUGAUCCGUAAGGAUAAGACGACAAGUAGAUUACGCAUUGUUUUUGAUGCGUCUUCCCAUAGUAAAGGAGAACUAUCCUUGAACGAUUGUUUACAUAUUGGAUUAAAUUUAAACCCUGAUAUUUUUCUUCUUCUGAUUAGAUUUAGAGAAAAUCCUAUAGCAUUUACAGCUGACAUAAAGCAGGCAUUCCUCCAGAUAGAAAUUAAUGAAGAGGAUCGGGAUGCGACCAGAUUUUUUUGGCAGCAGGAACCAGAUAGCUCUAAAGGAGACAAUUUGAUGAUAUAUAGAAUGACCCGUGUUUUAUUCGGGGUAAGUUCAAGUCCAUUCCUUCUCGCUGCAACAAUCAAGCAUCACUUGAAAAGGUAUGUUGAUAAUUUUCCUGAUACUUGUGCAAUUUUAAAUAAUUCUUUAUAUGUCGAUGAUUUAAUUAGUGGUCAACAAAAUGUAGAGGAUGCUUUAAAAACGUGCUUAGAAAGUUUUAAGAUUUUUAAGGAUGCAAGUAUGAUUUUAAGAAAGUGGCAGACUAAUUCAUUCGAGUUGCGUGAUCGAUGGAAAGAUAUUGGAAUGGACAUUGGUCCAUCCAUUGAGCCUAAAAACGAAACUUUCAUGCCUUCUAAGGUACUAGGAGUUGUAUGGAACCCCGACCGUGAUUUAUUUCAUUUCGAUGCUAAAAGUUUAAUACAAUUUCUCUCGAAACGAAUGAACACUAAAAGAUUUCUCUUGCAAGCUGCAGGUCGUAUUUUUGACCCUGUAGGGUUUCUUGGACCAUUUAUAAUUAGAUUAAAGAUUUUAAUACAAGAACUGUGGUGUUUGGGUUUGGACUGGGACGAGCGUUUCCCAAUGAAAUUAGACACUGAUUGGAAUGAAUGGUGUGAGGAAGUUCUAGAACUGAAUACUUUCAAUAUACCCCGUUAUUAUUUUGGAGAUGCUCAUUCCACUGAAAUAGAUAACAUUCAAAUGCACUGUUUUUCAGAUGCCUCUAAGAAAGCUUAUGGAGCGGUUGUGUAUUUUCGAGUAGCAUUAAAGGACGGAAAGAGUUUUACUAGUUUUGUAGUAUCAAAGUGCAGAGUGGCUCCAUUAAAAACAAUUUCAAUACCUAGACUUGAGUUAAUGAGUGCUCUCUUGGCAGCUAGAUUGAGUAAUAAAAUCUCCAAAGCUAUAAAGUAUCCAUUAACUCAUUACUUCUGGACCGAUUCAUCUAUCACUUAUUUUUGGAUUAAAGGCGCUCCUAGUAGAUUUAAACCAUUUGUGAAAAAUAGAAUUCAAGAGAUCCAAAGAUUUACUGAUCCAAAAGAUUGGCGUCAUUGUCCUGGAAAGGAUAAUCCUGCCGAUUUAAUAUCAAGAGGUGUGUCGGCAGCCGAACUUCGUGAUAGUGAUUUUUGGUGGCAUGGUCCUGAUUGGUUAGCACAGAAUGAACACUCUUGGCCUAAAUCUUUGGAACUGUCAAAACAGUUAAAUAUUGAAAACAUAGAAAAUUACGAGCUUUGCAAAGGAGCUAUUUUAACUUCAACAGUUGUAGAGUGA